CUCCAUGACAUUUUAGUCAAUAAUUUUACUUUGACGUAGUUAAUAAUUAUUGAUUUACCUGUUGUAUAACUAAAUUAACAUGUAACAUUAAUGUCUCAAGUACUUCACUUUAUUCCAUGUUGAUUAAUUAAAUUAUAUUCGUCAUCGUGAGGCUAGUUAUUCUUUGUUAUUAAUCUUAAGCAGUAUGACUGGCAUUUUAUUUUAGCCUUAGUUGUUGCAAGAUUACCCAUAAGUCUGCUGUCUCAUUUCAGCUGUUCUUUAUUUUAAAGUGUAGUGCGAAACACGUUCAUUAUUCAAUGCUAUAACCAUGAUAUCGGAUAAAAUUAUGGCAAUACAUCCAGUUAAUCCAGCAUUUGUGAAACAAAUAGUUUUUUUUGCUGCAAGAGAUGGAAUGGGAAAAAUUCUGUGCAAUACAUUAAUUGAAAGACCACAGUCAGAAAUGCCGGAGUUAUUGGAGCAGGAAGUUUAUGAUUAUCAAGGGCAGUGUCUAACUCCUCUCAUUGCUGCUGCAAGAAAUGGUCACAAUACAGUUGUAAAAAUUUUGCUUUCUAAGUUUAAUGCUAAUAUUGAACAUGAAGGAUGUGUUAGGGUUGAACAUUACUUUAUUGAAGGUGCCACACCUUUGUGGUGUGCAGCAGGUGCUGGACAUUUAAAUGUUGUUAAGACAUUAGUUAAAGCUGGAGCUGAUGUAAAUCACACAACAACUAACAAUUCUACUCCUAUGAGAGCUGCUUGUUAUGAUGGGAGAUUAGAUAUUGUCAAAUAUCUUGCAAUGCAUGGGGCUGAUAUAAACAAACCAAACAAGUACAAUAACACUUGUUUAAUGAUUGCCUCUUAUAAAGGUCAUAUUGAUAUUGUACGUUACUUGUUGGAAAGAAAAGUUGACCCUAAUGAACAAGCUCACUGUGGAGCAACUGCUUUAUUUUUUGCUGCAGAAUGUGGUCAUCUUGAAGUAGUAAAGGAUCUUUUAAAAUAUGGUGCUAGACUUAUUCCAACCAAUCAUGGUAUUACUCCAGUGCUUGCAGCAGCAGAAAGAACAAGGGCAGAUGUUGUUGAAUAUUUUAUUUUCAAAUGUAAAUUAACAGUUGAAGAACAAAUAAAUGCUUAUGAAUUAUUAGGUGCUUCAUUUGCCAAUGAUAAAGAUAAUUAUUGUCCGAAUAAAGCUUAUUUCUACUUGUUAAAAGGGAUGAAAUUAAGGUUUUCUGUUCCUGAAGCACCUAUUAAGAAACCUCAAGUGACUCCUAUACCAGCAUAUGAGAAUUGGAUUGAAAGUCAAAAUGUUCAAGAACUUCAAGCACGCAGAAACAAUAAUAAUGCAAUACAUAUGGAAUCACUGGCUAUUAGGGAAAGGAUCUUAGGAAAGGAAAACCCAGAAGUUCCUCACCCUAUUAUAUAUAGAGGAGCAGUGUUUGCUGACAAUGGUAGAUUCGACAGAUGUAUUGAUCUUUGGAUACAUGCACUUCAGUUGACUCAGUCCAAGGAUUCUCUUGUUAAAGAUCUUCGUAGAUUUGCUCAGAUUUUCUCACAAAUGGUUCACGAUGGCAUUGAACUUCAGUUUAGCAUUGUUGCAUAUAUUCUAACUGUGGCAGUUAAAGAACUUGAAAGGAAUAAAUUGCAAGUCGAAAAAGCUGUUUUGAAAGAUGACUUAUUUCAAGUAAAGGAAGACAUUGAAAGUAAUGUGAUAACUGCCUUGUAUUUAAUAGUUAUAAUUUCUAAAUUGUUGGCGGAUCAAACAAUGGAUGAAGUUUUUAAAAUUCAUCAGCUUGUCUUUCGUAUUAAUGAGCUUAAGUUGACUGCCAGAAAUGGUCAAUCAUUACUACACCUUUGUGUUAAUGCUGAUACUCCUGUUGAUAAUUUUCAUACAAGCAACAUCUGCAGGUUUCCAUGUGCUGAAACUACAAAACUACUUAUCAAGUGUGGUGCAGAUGUGAAUGCACUGGAUGAUGAUCGGAAUUCCCCUCUUCACACUAUUGUGCUGUAUCAAAUUCGUUUGAGUGAUUUUCGUACCUUACAUUCUAUAAUCAAAGAUCUGAUUGAUGCUGGAGCUCAUGUUGACAUUGUUAAUAAUAGGGGAGAUACUCCUUUAGAAACGGCUGCAACAGGUGAGCAGUUCAAUCUUCAAGGAAUUGCUGAAAUCAUUCUAAGAUCUCAAAAUAAAGUGAGUUUAAAAUGUUUAGCUGCUAGAGCAAUAGCUCGACAUGGUAUAGAAUAUGAAGAGCAUGUGCCAUCCACUUUGAUUGAUUUUAUUGAACUUCAUGGCCCAUGUAAAGUGGCCACCUCUGAGAACAUGUGUUCACAUUUCUGCGAAAUUUAAUCUUUAACCCUAUACGGACGCGCUGUAGGGCGUGCCGCAAAUGAAUGGACUCACACAUCUCAUUUUAAGAGGUUCUCGGUUUCACCUGUGGAACCGUUAUUAUAAUAGGUUACUUAAUGAACUUCAUUUUUUUGGAGCUCCAGGAGAGCAGAUUGAAUGACCUUGUAGAAGUCUAAUUGUGGAUGAAUCGUCUCCUUCACACUGUUAUUGUAUUGCUCAGAUUAUCAGUAUUGUUAGUUAUAUUUUGUUUUUCUUUAUACAAUUAUUUGUUUAUUUUAAUGUUUUUAAAUGACUGACUUGUACAUUACAUAUCUGUGAUUUAAGUUUAUACCUUAUUGUUAACUGUAACUAGACAACUUGAUGUUUCUAAAUCACAGACAUGCUCUUCACUUUUAUUAUAAAUAAGCUGUAUGAAAGAAUAUCACUUGUGGUUUUAUGUCUUUGUGUAUGAGUGUGUGUGAGAAAGAGAAAGAAUAUGUGUGUGUAUAACACAUGCAUAUCAUCUGACAACAAUGGCUGUUUUUAUUUUUUAAGAUUUGAAACUGAAUAAUACCUGAUAUAUUCAGAUUUCCUCUUUGUUAUCACAAAGUCACCUUUGAGUUACCUGUACUUAUUAAAUUUGUACAUAAAUUUUACCAUAACAUUGUUUAUAUUUUUGUCAUUAAUAAAUUGAUAUUUUUUUUUAU